AUGACUCUGGAAACCUCUCACAUGUGCCCAGCGAACGGUUUCAGAGAGCCUUAUCAGUAUGUCAGCGUCAAGUUGGGUUACUUUAACAUUGAGCGCUUGCUCGAAAAGAGACUGAGCAUGCACUAUCGAGACACCCAGCCAGAGGCCACGAACCGCAUUGCUGAGUAUCUCGAGGAGAAAGCUGGUGGCAACAUAACAAUUGCGUUGUUGUAUCUGGAAGAUGUUUUUAUCCGGGACGAGAUCGCUACUUUCAACACAGAUCGGGUCGAUGACAGGCUGCCCAGGGAUGUCAUUGCUUAUUUCGACACCGAGAUGAGCUUCAUCGAGCGCAAACCGGAACCAGAACGUUUACCUCCGUUACAUGCAAUUGCUGCCGCUGCGCACCAUUCGAAUGGCAUUUCCCUGGAAGAAUUGGACCAAUCUGUUGAAGACGUCUUUACUGCAGCAAAUGGAUGGCUCACAGAUCUUCGCACCGUAGACCGGAAAGUGGAAAUAUGCUGCCAACCCGCCUUCCCUUUGUAUGUGAAAGAGAAGUACAAUGAUUCGUUGGAACGAGCGAGACGCCGAGUCGAUUCGACAGCGGAGGGAAGCCCUGGUGCUAUCUUAUCACAUCAGUUCCAAGAGACAUCCUCAUCAGACCAAACACCUGAUCUCUUGGGAAGCACAUUCGACACAUUGACAAGCGAAAGGCCUCUCCCAACACUGCUCACGAGCCUCAAACAUGGCCUUGGCAUCCGCGAGCCGGAGGAUACCUACGAUCGGACUUUGUUCCUUGACAAGGACGAAAAACUAGUCCAAUCGCCUCCUAGAAUGAACAGCGCCGAGUAUGUACCGAGUAUGUCUCGGGGUAUCUUUCAGGACCAUGAGCCCAGAAGAAAGGUCACGCAAGCGGAAACGGCAUCAAAACAGUCGCCAAUGGGCGUAUGUGACUUUUGCAUCAGCAGUGUGUUAGAGUCCGCUGCAUCUUCCGGCCAACAUCGAGCCUCGAUAGAUGGUACAAAUAUCGCUUUGAACCAAUGCACAUUUUGCACAUCGCUCUACGCCAACAUGGAGCACUUCCUAUCGAACACUGAAGACUGGCCACUGUAUCACUGGACCCUUCGAGCGCUGCCACGCGGCAGGGAGCUAAGAGGAUCGAUGAUGCUGCGGUUUCGGUCUUCUCAUCCGAAAUUUACAACCAAGUCUUUCCGAGUCCUACCAGGAACUGAUCUGUAUGUGCCUGCGCCUGAGGAUCUACCAGAAACAACACAUCCAGAACUCAGUGGAGGGACUCAGAUCAACAAAUGGAUGAACACUUGUAUGCGCGAUCAUCAAGACUGCAGCAAGGCCUGGCACGACCAACGAUCCAAACUCUCCUUCCUACCGACGCGACUUCUGGAUGUUGACACUGGAGGUGACAAUGUCAUCCGCUUAGUAGAUACCAAAACGACGAAUGUCAAGGGCCCCUACUGCACGUUGAGCCACGCUUGGGGACCACGAGAGAAGCCGUUCCUCACUACCACCGUGUGGAACAUGGCGAAGCAUCUAAUCACAGGCAUUACUCUGGACGAGCUUCCAGACAACUUCCAAGAAGCGAUACGGGUGACCCGCUUCUUGAAGGUGCGGUAUAUCUGGAUUGAUAGUCUCGCGAUCGUUCAGGUUCCUUUCGGCGACUUUGCAAAAGAAGCCGACCUCAUGCACAAGGUGUAUCGGUACUCGCAUUGCAAUAUCGUUGCAGCGGACUCAAAGGAUGCAUACGGCGGUCUGUUCAGGGAACGCACACCUCACAAAAUCCUUCCGGUCAAGUACCAAGGUACUGAUGCGCGUCAUCAUUUGGGGGAGAAGAGUUGGACGAUUGUUCCGGCGGAUCUCUGGGAGAAAGAACUUCUAAGCUCACCCAUAUAUGGCCGUGCAUGGGUCUUUCAAGAACGCAUCCUCUCUCCCCGCAUCCUCCACUUCACAAAGCAUCAGAUCUUCUGGGACUGCGGCACGCUCUCAGCCUGCGAGGUAUUCCCAAAAGGACUUCCCUUUCCUCUCGACCACAAAGCGAGCACGGAUCGACACUGGAGAGGACGGCUAGCCAAAAGCACCGUCUCAUCCAACGCACUCAUCGGCGUCAACGACAACGAAAGCUCCUACACUUUCUGGAUGUCCGCGCUUCAAAACUACACGGAAUGCGAACUGACCAAUCAAGGCGACAAGACAAUCGCAAUCUGGAGUAUCGCAAAACUGCUACGUGAUUUCAUGAGCGAGCAAUACGCUGUGGGUAUGUGGUCUGAGGCGCUCGAGGAGCAACUGGCAUGGAGAGCGCGGGAUACUAAAUCAUGUGAGAGGAUACCGGAGCUCGAUCUCAAUAUCCCCAGCUGGUCAUGGGCCAGUAUCAAAGGUGCUGUUGUGCCUCAGCACCGACUGGCCAUACGAUCGUAUAAUAUCACAGAUCAUCAUGGAGCUGUCGUCCAAUUCACGGUCAAAGAAGAAACCAGGCAAGGUGACAAGGAGCCUGUAUUAAAGAGCAGGAUGUUGGCACUGAAACCCCACAUGAACCUCGGGCGACUGGUAGAAGUGCAAGAAGACCAAUACCGUCUCCAGUGCCUGAACGUUAGUUUCAGCGACGCAAUUAAACUAGAUGUCUUCCCCGACACCCCGGUAGCCUGCACAGGCAUCAAUCGGGUUUAUUGCACAUUCAUCAUCCUCGCCGCAUCCGCCACUCCAAACCCCACCAACACCCCCCAAGCGCCCCAGACGUACUCUGGCGUGGGUCUCCUCCUCAUCCCACACUCUGCCUGGUUCACCGAGCAAGAAAAGCUAUACCACGAAUACAAAAGCGCAAUCGCAGGCGUAGAGCUGUCUCAAGCACAAAGAUGGCGACUGGACGCAUUCGAGAAACUCACGUUGCAGCAGUCAGAGCGAGUCAUGAAGAUGGGAGGGAAGAUUGAAAGCGUGUAUCGGCGGAUCGGAUCGUUGCAGUUCCGCGAUCUGGAUGAGCGGGCUUUCAAUGAGAUGACGAAUGACCGGGAUAGGGAGGAUAUUUGGUUGGAGUGA